CGCCCCACCGCGUGUUUCCCGGGCAACGCACAAACCUCUGCUGGCCGCGUCUGCCUUGGGUCUCACUCAGUAUCUGCGCAAGCGUAGCAAUCAUGGUUUCCAUUCCGGCGUCGUUCCCCUCCAGUGUCGAGGACGAGACCGCACGGCCGACUAGGCCCUCGGUUACUUGGGAUCUGGAUUUGUACAAGGAUUACAAGUCUUCCUCCAAAGCGACCGCCAGUUCCGGCGCCACUGGGAACUUGGAUUUACGGCGCGACCAGCACGGCGACCGCCAAGAAACCGGCCACGGGGUCCAGCCGAAAGUCUACUUCCUUCGACCACGAACCUCACAGCCAUCGGUGUUCUUCAGUUUAAUGGAUUCCAGUGAAGCAGCAUUGAGCAAAUUUUUACCCAAGAGCCACUUAUCUCGAGUGAUUAUUCGUGACAACCUCAGUGUACAACGAAUCUAUGAGACAGAGAUAAGAGCUUCAGACAAGACCAAGAAAAAGAUGAGCCAUUUGUACGACCAUCUGAAAAAAAAGUUUUUGACAGAUCAACUCAGAAAGCUGGGGCGCUGGAGACAGGAAUCCAUGAACAUCCAGCAGUACUUGGAUAAAAUCCGGACGCACAAGGUCCAGUCUUGCAAGAAAAGCCAUCCACCCUAAUUAUGGCAGAAUGAUCUGACCCAGGGUCACAACACUAGUCAUGACCAGAGAAGAACUAGAAGCUAGCCAGCCUACAUCAUCAUUGAACAAUAAACCGAGACCAGCAGACAGCAGAGCACCAAAAAAUCCCUCAGCAAUUCUAAUAUUCUUUGUCCUACCCAUCCUCUCUAUUCUGGUGAAAGAGAUCCUGACAGUCCUGAUUCAGAGGCUGAAUCAAGCCAGUCUCCAUGAUUCAGGCAAAGAUUGACUUUUCAGUGCCCCUAUUUCUUUUUCUUCCUUCUUUCCCUGCACUGGGAAUUGAACCCAGGGAAUUACACGUUAAGUAUGCAUUCCAUUACUGAGCUAACACCAGUACCCACAUUUCUAAAGUGAUAUAUCCUACCAAGGUGUUUGGGAAAUGGAAACUUAGAUGGGAAUGACUAUGACUAUGACUCAAUAAUGCCACUGCCUGGCAUUCCAGUGGUGAGAACUUCAGAUUGGGGCAUCAGAGAGUGCUAUUUCCGCCACUUAUCACUCAUGCAACCUUGUAACCUCCAUGGGCCUAUUUCCUUAUCUGAAAGAAUCAGGUUAUAGAAAGGGAACCUGCCUCCAAGAACUGGCAUGAGGCCGUCAAGUGCUUGGCCCUAGACCUAUCAUUUCCAAUGGCUACCAUCAGAAUGGCCCCAGUUAGCUUAUAGCCUUGGGGGUUCCCACUCCCUUUUCUGCUUGCUAUCGUGACUACAUCCUGAUAGUGUCCAAUCUGGUUCCUGUAGCAGCUUCUUUCUGUCUUGUGUAGUAGCUGUUUGGGUGUUUGUGAUAAUCCCUGACUUGAGUGUACACUCUGGGAACCAAGGACCUUCCAAGAUUCAGUUCAAGCCUUAUUUCUUCUUUGAUGCUUUUCCUCGCUGGCCCUAGAAGGAAAGGCUGCUUCUUCCUGGCCCUUGGUGUGUCCACUCUCAUCUCUGCACAGUUUUGUUGGUCAUUACUUGUUUGCACAGUCUCCCUGAGCAGGUUGCAAAUGUUUUGAUGAUAGCAGUACUGACACCACAAUGACUAGUAAAUGGAGUGGUCAUUCACUGUG